AUGGCAAUGAAUCCGGCCAGCGUGUCGCAGCUGCUCGAAGACAUGGAAAACUGGGACAAGGACAAGCGGUUCAUGGCCGCCUCAGACUUGACACAGGAGGUGACUAUGUCCAAUCAGGUGCUGGACGUGCAUCUCCAGAAGAGAGUAUGUCAAGCUUUUGUCAAGCAGCUGGAGGACCAGAGCAUCGACGUGCAGGGAAAUGCCGUGAAGUGCCUGGCCAAGAUAGUGUGCAAGUUCCAGGAGCAGCAGAUCGGAGAGGUGCUGGCGAAACUUAGCCAGCAAGUUCUGGAUGGCAAGGCUGAGGUUCGGGAUAUCUAUGCGACAUGCUUGAAGGGCUUGUUGUCCGAGCUGCCGGCCUCUUGUAGUGCUCUCGCCUGCCAAAAUGUCCUGCCAAAGAUGUUGCACGGCAUCACAUCCAUUCCUUCGCUAGAGGUCAAGGAAGAAUGUACAGACGUCUUCCAUGAUUUCUUGAAAAGAUUCGGCGACAACCGUAUAAUGCAGUGGUCCGAUCAGGACAACAUGGCGACUUCGCUGCUUAACCUGCUAAAGCCCAAGCAGCACAAGACAUCGCUGCGGAAGAAGGUGAUCGCUUGCAUCGGCGCUCUGUCCGCAGUUCUCGCAGAUCGUCAGCUAGAUACCCUGAUGAGGACGUUGCUUGCCGAUGUUCGACAAGCAGGAUCCAAAUCUGAAAAGCAAAAGUAUAUCCAGUGCAUCAGCACCGUCAGUAGGAAUGUGGGUUUCCGAAUCGGUCAGCACUUGAAAGAGAUCGCGCCGCUCUUCUUCCAAAUCGUGAACCAGGCGACGCAAGAAGACGUCUCCAUGGAGGGUGAUAACGAGAAAGACCACGAGGUUGUAGAGAAUUGCUUGAACGCCUUUGAGUGCUUCGUGCUCCGCUCUUCCAAGGAGAUCAUGCCUCACUUGGACGAGCUUUGUGGGAUCGUUCUCAAUUUGGUGGCGUACGAUCCGAAUUUCUACGAUUCGGGUGAUGGCCAGGAUGCCAUGAUGGACGAUGGCUUUGAGGAGUUCGAUGAAGAUGGACUGGUGGAUUCUGACGAUGAUGACAACUCUUGGAAAGUCCGUCGAGCGGCGCUUAAGGUGCUGGAGGCGAUGGUGAAGGGCCUCCCGGACAGGUUAGAUGAGAUUUAUUCCAAGUUUUCUCAGCCAUUGAUAGCACGCUUCAACGAACGUGAGGAAAGCGUGAAGCUCGAUGUGUUCACCACCUUCGGUGAGAUGGCGCACGCGGCUGUGACGAAGACGCAGCCCUCCUUUCUUGCUGCCACGAGCAUGGAUUCAACGCCUUCAGUGUCAUCCUCCUUUAUAUUGGAGGUUGAGCGUGUACAGCCUCCCAAGGAGCGGCCAACCUCGCAGCAUCUCAUCGCCGUCAUUCCAGCCUGCAUCUCGCAGCUGAACAAGCAGAUGCGCUCUAAGGCAGCAAAAACGCGGCAGGGUGCUUUGACCCUGCUACGGACGCUGUCUGAGUGUAUUCCACAGCAUGUAGAGCCCAAUCUGCCGCAGGUCAAGGAUGAGCUUCUCCGCGCUAUGAAGGAAUCAAACUCCUCCAUGCGACUCGACAGUUUGGUCUUCAUCAGGCACCUUGCAGAGUACUUCUUGACGGCCGCCACUUUUCAGCAACUAGCUCCAGAGCUAUGUCCAUUGUUUUUGACCUGCUGCUCGGACACAUACUACAAGUCGAUUGCGCAGGCUCUGAGAGCCAUCGGGGCCUUUGUUUACACCCUCAGGCCAUCCCCGGAUGCUGCUAGCUCGGAGCUGAAAGUGAUGCUGCCGGUUUACGAAGUACUCAAAAGCAAGCUUCUGGCGACGGAUAUUGACCAGGAGGUCAAGGAAAGUGCGCUGGAGUGUUUGGGCCAUCUGGUUGCGUGCACCGGGGACUUGCCAGACUUCCAGCCUGCCAUUCAAGAUUGUUUGCCAUCUUUUGUGGAGCGUAUCAAAAACGAGGUGACUCGGACGACUGCUAUCAAGGCGUUGAGAACGAUGUGCAUUUCAAAGGUGCAGAUUGCUGCAGUCGGUUCCAUUCUUGCGGCCGUCGGUGGCACCCUGUCGCAAUACCUUAGUCAGAACAGCCGCUCCUUCAGGCAGCAGUGCCUGGAUGCGCUCGUGCACCUUAUCAAGAAGUGA